AUGGGCUCCCACAAUCUCUCAUCAUCUCUCAUCGGCAUAAACAUCAUCUUUAUUAUCGUCAUAAUCAUACUCAUCGUCAUCAAAUCAACAACCACAAAAGCGGCUUAA